AUGAUUCGUCUAAAUAUGUAUGAUCACUUUGUUAUCAGUCAGGAGAUUAUGAUAUGUGAGCUCUUUAAAGCCAUAAAGUGUAGUAGAAUAGAAUUGAAUUUGUUGGAUGAUGCACUGUUGCUUCUUGAUGAUCUCAAAGGAGCAUCUCGCAAUGAAAUAGAUCAUUUAUGCGAAUUGCUGUUAGAAGGUGAUAGCUUCCAAGCUCUUAAAAAUUGGGCGUUUACACACAAGCCUACCAUCUUGUUGCAGUUAAAACAAAACAUUGCAAAUGAACAUUAUUUAAACAACUCAUGCUGCUGUAGUUAUUUGAAAAAAGCCCAGGUUAGUUGGGAGCGCAAAAUGUUACGAAGUCUAAAUUCAAUGUGUCAAGAGCUUGGAAUACCUCUAGGAAGAAAAAGAUCGAAAGGUCAUAAAGAAGCUGUUCUGCAAAACUGGACAGAGUUAUCAGUAUUUUUUAACAAACAAUCAGUUAUUAAGCCAGUAUUUGGUCCAAAAGAUCUUUUAGAUGUUCUUACAAGUAUUAAACAUCCACAAGUGAGAUCCACAUUUAAACAUUAUAAUUCAUCUAUGACUGCAACUUGGGGUCUAAUAAAUUUGCCUAUAAAUGUUAAAAAUUUGUCCGAUCUGAGAAGGUUUUAUGAACCGUUACAUAUCAAAAAUCCUCAAAUUGGUGUUGACAACUCAUUGGCGUCUACUUUUGAAUUAGUACAUGAACAGGAAGCUAAAGAAGUCAUAAGUCUUGACUCUUCUGAACGGGCACAACAGUUUUUGCGUCGUGGCUGCCCACUGGGUUAUCGCGCACGAUUGUGGGCCUUGUGUUUAAAUGCAAAAGUGACGGAACACGAUCGUCUUUAUUAUGAGCAAUUGAAAUCGUUUGUUGCAGAAAAUGAAUAUAUGACAGAUCAAUUAAUUUGUAAGGAAGUACAACUUACUGCCUCCAAUCAUGACAUGCACUUUGUGUUUUGUGACUAUACAUAUCAGGUAAAUAAAUGGUUAUAA